AUGGCGGGUUGGGGUCCAGUGGUGUUGUUCGUACUGUUGACGCCGGGGUUGUUGUUUCAGCUGCCGAGAAGGAAUAAAAUAGUAGAGUUCAGGAACAUGCAAACAAGUGGUGUAUCCAUUCGGGUGCAUGCCAUCAUCUAUUUCGGUCUCAUCACCAUCUUCCUCAUCGCCAUUGGUGUUCACAUUUGCACCGAUUAA